GAGAACCACAAAAGUAGAUAUAGUAGGGUGUAAGAACCACAAGAAAAAAAAAACAAAAUCAGAUUCGAAAUCCAUGGCAAUGAUAUUAAAUGUGUCUUCUUCCAUCAUCCCAGCAGCGUCUGCAAAAUCAACAAAGAGAAGGCAUGUAGUGAAAUGCGAAUCGAGAAAACUGGAGAUAGGGUCUCCCAUAAUAGUGAUUGAGGCUCCAAAGCUGCUCAAAACUGCUUCUUCUGUCCCUUGUUUGCGCGCCAACGCCGGCUUAGUCAAUCCCGGCGACGUCGGAAGGAUUGUUUCGAGGAAGCCUAUGGAUGUGUGGGCAGUACGACUGAGUAUUGGUACUUAUCUCAUAGAUGGAAAAUAUUUCAAGCCUUUGGAACUCGAUGAUUAACAUCUAAUUUCUCUACAUAUUUUCCUUUAUAUCAAAGUUUUCGGAGUUGUUGGCUCAAGUAUAUAACAAAUUUUCACGUUUUAGCUUA